AUGUCCCUCUCACUCUCACCAAUUCUCUCUCGUCCUCGACUGCCCCGGCUUCUUCUUCGCGCCGUCCGCUUCUCCUCCGCAUCUCCGCAUCUGCCAGCCUCGUCAGUCGCUGCUUCAUUCCUCUCGCGUUUUCAGUCCUUGGGCCCUCAAAGCCAUACUCAGAUUCUCGAUGCCAACCAGUUGAACCUUUUGACACUCACAUUGAACCGUCCCUCGCUAUUCCCCGCCACCCCCGCGCUCGCUCCGUCGCAUCACACCCCCGUCCCACCGGGUUACCACCUCGUCUACUUCACCCCGGGUUUUUUGGAAACCGAGCUCGGUGCUGAUGGAACUGAUACCUCAUACAAUCCCGAAUCACCCUUCACCCGCCGCAUGUGGGCUGGGGGUGAAGUGAGCUGGCCUCGCGAUGCCCAGGGUCGACCAAACCCACUACGCGUGGGGCAGCAAGUGACCGAGACAACACGCGUGUUGAGUGCCGAGGCCAAAGUCGUCAAGAAGACUGGCGAGGAUAUGGUAGUAGUGGGUGUUGAGAAGGAGUUUUCCAACGAGAAUGGCGUCUCCAUCGUGGACCGCAGGGCAACACAUAUUCACGCACCCUCCUCCAAACCCCCCGUUACGCUCUUCCGUUUCUCCGCUCUCACAUUCAAUCCACACAAGAUCCACUACUCUCUACCCUGGGCGCGAGAUGUUGAGGGUCACAAGGAUAUCGUCGUUCACGGACCCUUGAAUCUAAUCUCCAUCCUGGAUCUAUGGCGCGACAUUCGGAGUCAGACACAAGCAGCUGAAGAAGCACCUCUAUUGAUCCCCCAGCGCAUCUCAUACCGGGCUACUAGCCCACUAUAUGCCGGUGAUGAGUAUCGUGUGGUGCUCGAGGAAGGGGAAAAGGGUGCGUCGCAUGUCCAGAUCGUGGGCCCCGGCGAUGUCGUGGCGAUGAAGGCGGAGAUUCAUGCUUGA